UCUAAGCUUCCGAAUAUGCGGCACGUUUUCAAGAUGGCGACUGUAGUCGCCAAACCUCCCGGCGUCACUGAAGACGACGAAGAGUGGCUAUAUGGGGACUCUGGUGGUAACAAGGAGCCUGCAGCUCCAGGCACAGGACCAGAAGAGAAAUUGCCGCCACUUAAGGAAGAUGUAGAAAAUACAGAGAACAGUCAGCCACAGACAGAGACCAACAAUGAUGAUGAUGAUGAUUCUGAUGAUGAAGAUAAUGUACAGGUCACUAUUGGUGACAUCACAGCAUUCCCUGUAGCAAGCACAGGAAGUAAUCUUUUUAAACCAACUAGUACAUACCAGAAACAACCAGUCACAGCAGGUUCAGCACAAAAAGGAGCAGUUACUACUCAGGCAACUAAAGGAGUUGAUGUUGACGGGGAAGGCACAGUGAAUGGGAUACCACUUUACGAGUUUAGUCUUGAUACACUGAGAGAUGAGGAUAAACCUUGGAGAAAACCAGGUGCUGAUAUAACAGACUAUUUUAAUUAUGGAUUUAAUGAGGAAACAUGGAGGAAGUAUUGUCAGAAACAGAACAGGAUAAGAGCUGAGAAUGGUGUUACUAUUCCAAAGGCAUUUGGCAGUGUUGGGUAUGGAACAACUGUCAAAGUGGAAUCAUCUGAACACCAUUCAGGUCCAUCACAUUUUACAAAAACGUAUACACCAGCAUCUCAGCAGCCAACAGCAAUAGCAGUACUUGGUUCAACAACAGCAUCUCGUCGGCCUAUUGAGGAAACUAUGGACGAUGUACAACAGAUCGGAACUCUCAGUUCAGAUACAAACAAAUCGAGUGUACCUCCCACAUUACCGCCUGUAGGACUGCCACCCCCAGACUAUAGUGUACCUCCCCCAGGCAUGCCACCCAUGCCCCCAGGAUUCUCUCCAGCUGUACCGCCCCCAGGGAUGAAUGUACCUCCUCCAAACAUGUAUGGCCAUCCUCCACCAGUACCACCUCCAUUUUUCCCUCCCCAUCAUGUACCGCCCCCAAGUUCUACACAAUACCCAAACCCAGAUCGGCCGACAUACAGCUACGACGCUACACCACCAGCAUCAGGCUAUUCAGAUUCUAAAUCCAGCUGGGAUAGGGAUAGAGACAGAGACCGUGAUUCCUACAGGGACCGUGAUCGUGAUAGAGAUAGAGACAGUGAUGGAAGUGAUGAUUACAGAUAUUCAAGAUCUUCAAAGGAUUACGGUAGAGACUAUGAUAGGGAUUACUACAGGAGUCGUGAUUCAGAAAGGUCAAGGUCAGAUAGAGACAGGUCAAGGUCACGUGAACGGGACAGCAGGAGACAUAGAGACAGAGAUAGAGACAGGGAUGAUAAAAAGUCUAAAAGAAAAGUUAAAGAUGAACCCGAUGAUUCAGAUUAUUAUAAGUCCUCAUCCUCGUCCAAACACAAGAAAUCUAAACGAUCGAAGCGAGACAAAGAUGAUGAGUCAGACAAACAAACAGACGAGGGGACGUGAUGAUCAGGAUUCAGAUGUGUUCAUAUUUUCAUUAUUUGUCAUGACUUGUGCUUUAUAGGGGCCAUUCAUGUUUUAUGGGUAAAGAUUAAGUCUUAUUAAAAAACUUCAAAAGCGGACUUUGCUUUAAACAUACUGACGUGAAAAUUGAAAAUGAAUCUGUGUGAAAACAAUAGUUCAUAAGAAAUAAAUUAUGUGAGACAUUGAUGAAAUUAUGUACAAACUAAGCAUCCUGCAUUUGUUUUUGCAAAUGUUUUAUGUUGGUUUUUCAGUAGUAUUGUUUUCCAUUUCAGACGUUCAUUUUGUAUCUAACAUGUUGUAAAACAAAAACAAACAAAAAAUUCUACCCCCUGUCUAUCCCUAAGUGAGGCUAACACAAAUGUGAACUUUGUAACAAAGUGAAACACGCGUGAAGUCUUGAAAUGAUUCGAUAAUUGUAUUAAAUGUUGUACAAGAAGGUACAUACAUGUAAAUGUAUGUCAAAUGCACCGAGUCUCAGAUGGGAUUUUGCCACCAAGCAUCAGUUCUUGGUAACUUGGAUUCGAACAGUAACAAGUGUAGAAGUUACAUUUAAGGGAAAACAGCUGACAGAACUGAUGGAAAAUCGCAUUUUAUGAAUGUUAACAUGUACGUUAUGUCAAGUUUAGAUAUUGAUAGGGAAUGGUAUCUUUGUUCACCAUAUCAUGUAGGACUUGCAACAUAGGAGUGUCUGUGUAUUGUUAUGGAGUAAUGCAAACGUUUAAGAAUGGUAUAAGAGCUAUUGUCAAUCUUGAAGUAUUAAAUUUGAAUACACA